AGUAUACUAUACAUUGAACAAGCGGCUCGCGUGUACGUGUGAGGGACUUUCCUCCGUCCAUUCCCGCCGGGUGUAGUGGAGUAGUCUAGCCGGUUGAGAAUACACAGCUUGUCUUCAGUCCCAUCUGCGCAUAAAUACGUAACCUACGUCUUUAUUGCUGAGUGGAAAGCGAGAUCAAGACGGUGAACAGUUUAACACGACAAUUUGUCCCUCAUUUUGACUAUAUUACAGCAUGUGAUUUGGUCAUCGGACACCAGGACAGAUCAGAUCAAUCACCAUGUGGCCAAGACUACUCGAUAUGGAGGAGAAGGAGUGCAGGAGCGUCUUGCGGAGGCUUGAACUGGAGGCCUACUCAUCCGUCAUCAGUGCCUACAGGGCACAGGGUGAUCUCACACCCGAGAAGAAAAGUCUUCUCAGAACUAUUGCAACCACCCUUAGUGUAUCCACUGAGAGGCAUAAAGCCGAAGUCCGCAGAGCUGUCAACGAUGAGAAACUGACAACAAUUGCCGAAAGGGUUAGCGGUGAGAAUAAUUCCAUGGAAUGGUCAUCAGAGGGUAGGAGACUAGCUCCCCUGAUGCCGAGGUUCAUUCCUCAGACGGCAUACACGAUGACGGCCAAUCAGGUGGCUAAUUUGGCCCAUGCCCACAAUGCAUCGCUACCCGAUCCAGGGCAAACAGCUAAAAAAGAAGGAGAUGAGUCAAGAUCUUCAUCGGAUGGUUCCAGUGAAAGUAACUACGUUGUACUUCCUCCGGGAACCAUCUUGCCAAAGUCAUCCCCCGAUCUUGAGCAGCUCGACGAGUUGGCCAAACGGCGACCUACGUCCUCCUCGUCCUCGUAUUCCAGCAGCCCUGCCUCCUUCCUCAGCGCCCUGACCUCUGCUAAGCUCUCCUCGUCGUCAGAGGGAAGGUCAAAGGGUAGGUCGUCUAGUGGCAGCAGUGCGGCGCCCUCUACCAUGAAGAUCACCUUCACUAAAGUCGGAAGUGGAACCACUCCCACCAGCAGUCAAGCUGCACAGAAGCAAGUAAUAAUAAUGUCGAGUGGAAACACCGACCAGGUUCCGCCAGCAGAGAUGAUGUCUGUCCGCUCUCCUAGCUUUCCUCCAUCCAGUAAGGUUGCUAUGUCUGAUGGUCAUCCACCUUUCCAGAUGACUUACGAAGAUCAGUUGACGGGCGUGGUCACACCCUACCCUCCUCCGACCAAGCACCAUCGUAAGGGUUCUAAGCAUAAGAGCUCAAAGCCCUUUACCAUCAUCCAACAAAGCCCAAGUGCAGGUGUGGGCACUUUCACAAGCAGUGGCUACAGCACACAGGUUACCGGCAGUGGCAGUGGUGCACCGAUGGUGGUGGGGAGUAAGAGGGCUGGAAUGGCACCACAGAGACCAGAACCAGGUAUGAAGUUAAUCACCCAGACGGUUGGUAGUAGCACCUCGUCGGGUAGAAUGUCUUCUAAGACCGUAACAGCGACCCCAUCGACACCGUCGGUUAGAACAACCACCAUAGGAGCUCCGAGGAACACGAUUUCCUCAGGGCCCCAGUCCACUAGUCUAGGAGCUAGGAAUAUUGUGACGUCGCCUGGUCCGAGGAUUGUAACGGUUCCCGGUCAGAUGGGAGGGCGCCAUCCGUCUAGCAGCAGUAACGUUAUCACGCUGUCGCCCAUGUCACUUCAGAAGACAGCAGGGAAGAACACAUCCACUACUGUUGUUGUCACCAAGCCCGGUUCUGUAAUGCCCGGUAAGACAAACGUCAUUGUCGUUCAGAAAUCCCAAAUCAAAUCCAAGAUGAUCAGCACACCACGUACCGGUGCGCCAGGGGUUGUGUCACACACCACGUCCGUUCUGACCCGUCCGAAGAUCGCCAUGACCAUGACCGGCGGUCUCGCGAGCAGCGUGUCGCCAAACACACCCACCUCCCCAGGUACCAUGGCUAUGCAUUCCAUCCGGUUCCCAUCGCCGCCGUCCUCCGCCCAGCAGAAGACUGUCCGUGGCCCGUCGCCCGUUUCCAUGUCAACCAUAAUGGGUGGAGUCUCUGGGCGUGGUCCAAGUGCCGGACAGGGAGGGUUGGGAGCACUAGGCAAAAGUCAGGGUAUGGUACGAUCCAAGUCUCCCAUCGCCCAGAGUAUGUCUAUGCUAUCAGCUGAUCUAGAGCUUCACAGCAAGGCCAAGGGUCAUAGGAGGUCAUCAGCGGGGUCAUUAGGUCAUGGGUCAUCCAAGGUUGUAGUGGAAGAGGUUCCUAGCUGCGCCAUGAGGAGUGCCAGCCUUGGCCGCGACCCCUCCCUUAUUUUCCAAUCCUCUGUCGGGAAGCCGAAUACAGAAUGGAUUGAGUACGAUGGGUCCCCCCCAGCCAGCCAAUCCGCUUCCUCGGCCAUCAAAGCUUUGCUUGAGAUCAGAGGGCAGCCUUUACCCCCUGCUACUGCUGUGAAACAAGUUCCUUUCUCUGGAGUAUCACCGGGCCUCCCGACGUCCUCAAUGAGCAAACCGUCCUCAGUCACACGCAGAAUUCCGUCAUCAUCACCAUCAUCGUCUUACGUCUCUGGCUCUGACAACACCAAAGACCUCUCUCAGAGUCUUAACGUAAUCACCGUAGACCCCAAGACGGCAUCGACAGCCGAACGUCUCGAAUUCUCGUCCGAUCAACUCUCGAGCGUCGUUGACCAGUUCGAGCAGUUCCUGGAGAGCGAGGAGGCGUUAGGGAGCGGGAAGCAGUCGUCCGAGGGAGAUCCUGGGUUGAAGUCACCCGAACAGGGAGACCCAAAGGGGGUGGAGGACAGCUCUAAGAUUGAUCCGUUUGAGUUUGUAGAGGAGAUCAUCUCCAAGGAGUCCGAAUCGAGCGUGCCGUCAAGGUCAAAGGUCAACUAUGGGCAGGAGAUACCUAAAGCAGCAGUGAUGGACAGGGCGCAGGUCAUAGGUCAUAAGAUCACACCCCAGGCGACACCGACAGCAGAGUCCGAUCAACCAUCGGUAACAAGCGUAGUGAUGGAAUCGGCAUCAUCCUUUGAUAUCACCCAAAUGAAUCUAGAGGAUCUCUCGUGUCAGAGGAUGAGAGAGGAUGAGGACGACGAUGAGGAGGACGAUGACAAGAGAGGAGAUGAUCUGGGAAGUUCCAGUGAAUUGAUGUCAUUCAUGGAUACCAGCAGUGGAGGGUCGGGCUCAGAGGGUGCUAUUGGUCCAGAUGGACUGCGGGUCAGCCGUCGGAAGCGGAAAGCGCCCACACCCAUCGACGAAGAGACGGGCCCAUCUAGCAUGCCAAGCUGGGCAAGAGCAGCAUGGAACUUAUUGCAGAGAGUAAUGCGUUUCCGGGGUGCCAACCGACCCAAAGGAGGGAUCAACGCAGCAUCAUGGUUCACUAGACCUGUUGACCCUUCUGAGGCACCAGGAUACCACAAGGUGAUUAAGAAACCAAUGGACUUUGGUACCAUCAAGAGAAAUCUAGAGGCUGCGACAUACCAAGACUUUGCAGAGUUCCACCAUGACAUGAUGCUGGUGAGAGGGAACUGUUUACAGUACAACCCUCCUGGGCAUGCAGCAAGAAGAGACUGUGAAGAAGUCUUUCAAUUCUAUUCUUCGGAGUACUCCAAGACACUUGACAGAUGGCAAAAGCAACUUCUCUCGAUGCCAAAGUCCCCUAAGAGAAUACGAGCCGAUCCGCCAGCUGCACUCCAGCCCCCAACACCAACACAGCAGCAGUGAGAUCUUAACUUGACAGCCGGUAUGUGGUGAAGAACAUGUUUCCUGACUGAGUCUGGCUGCUUUAAUAGCAGCUAGAGAACUAAGGACUUUCAAUCCAUUCCUAGGAUGUCAUUAUGAGAUAAAUGAAUGCCUUUGCUCAAGAAAACUGUAAGCCAGUUCAUAGAUCCUUUUCUGCGCCUGAUCAGAAGAAGGUCAUUUUAACUCGAAUGGCGUGAUGGUUUAAUGUUCAAGGAGAUGAGCACCAGCUUUCAUGGUCCUUUUUCUACCUCCUGGGCACAUCAGCAACAACACAAAAACUCAAUUGCAUACUCUUAUUCUAUACUUCCUACGCAACCUCCACACACCUCUCCAAAACCUACUUGGUAACUCUCCAUGAUUGCAAUUUCGAGCCUUCAAUGAAUUAUGGCCCUUCCAAUGGUGCUGUUGAUCUCCGAUCUUAGUGGAGGAAGAACAAAGGAGAGAGAGAGAUAUCUUGAUUAUUCAUAUAUUCUUUUGAAUUGUGCUUUUCAGUGGAUCCACUGGAAAGCACCCAAUGUGUUCACUAACAAAAAGUACAGGUAUAAUAAUAAUAAUAUGCAAUUCUUGUAUAGCGCAUAUCACAUUAUGAAUAAUGUCUCUAUGCGCUUCCAAAGGACUUGGAUAUUAUUACCCCAGCUGUAGCUUGGCAGCCGUAAUUACUAAGAUUACAGCGCACACGCAUUUCAAGGAAUAAAUUCCUGCCAGGUACCCAUUCACCUCACCUGGGUUGAGUGCAGCACAAUGUGGAUGAAUUUCUUGCUGAAGGAAAUUAUGCCAUGGCUGGGAUUUGAACCCACGACCCUCUGUUUCAAAGUCAGAAGACUAAUCCACUGGGCCACAAUGCUCCACAACAGCAGUAUUUAACCGUUGGCCAAGUACAUCAUUGUAAUAUGCGAAUGCAUUCAAAAGUAGAAAUGCAACAAUAAAACGUUCAUUGUUCAUUGCUGUGCUAUUCUAGUCACCUGGUCUAUGCAAUUUCUGCAUCCUUCUAUAUCAGACAUGCUUACAUAAUAUCUUGCUUUGAGAUGUGCCCGUCCUAAUGAAAGAAUGGAAACUUGCCUAUUAGGUAACUAUGAACUGGUCUAUGGCAUUGAACUUACAUGAUUGAGGAGCCGUGGUGUAGUGGUUCUGUCUGAAUCUUGCCUUGUAAACAGAGGGUCGUGUGUUUGAAUCCCACCGCGGUCUGGCGUCCUUUGGCAAGGCGUUAAUCCACACUUUGCCACUUUCGACCCAGGUGCCAAAUGGGUACCCGGUAGGAUGUAAAAGUAAUUGUAGCUUGUCCAGUACUGUGUGCGCCUCACCGGCGACUGACUGGAAUACUCCCCAGGGAGUGGAGGAUGUGCAUACAUUGUGUGCGGGAAUGACUGAUUGAAUCCGAUGACCGGGGUAAUAAUAUAUAUCUGUAAAGCGCUUAGACACAUCGUUCCGAUGUAUUAAGCGCUAUGUAAAAGCGGAUUAUUAUUAAUUUUUUAUAAAAGUUCAGUGACUGUAACUGUAUUGGAGGUAGAUUAUGAUGAUAUAAUGAAAAUUAACCUUGGUUUUACAGACUUCCUCAUGAAAUCGGUGUUCAUUAUAUCCUACAUAAAUUAAAUCAUGCAUGCUGAUUUGUUUAAAUAGCAUCAUAUGGCCAAACAUAUCGUUACUAUUUUUGUGAUGAUGUUGAUAUUGAAACGACCACUGAAGAAAAAUUGCUAUUCCGUGACGUCAAUGAUGGAACAGUGCACUAUUCCAUCAUUGAUGUCACAGAUCAUGAUGGCGCAAGCACUAAUACGCAAUCCGCGCACUGAGCGUGUGGCUUCAGGAAAAGUAGGUCAGUCAGAUAAAAAAAAAAAAAGUACAAGAACUAGAUUGUCAAAAUCUGUUGCUCUAAAUUUUUAAAGUAGGAUAUAAAACAAAUAUACCAGGCCUUUAUUUUGAAAGUGUAGAAGGAAUUAUUUAUCCUCGGUUGUACCGGCAAAGUUACUAUUUUCCCCAUGGGGGCUUCGCACCUCGUUAAAAAAUAGUAAUGCCAGUCCAACCUCAGAUUAAUAAUUCCCGCUAUACUUACUCAAAGCCUGGUAUAUGUACAGUUGAGGCCAGAAGUUUACAUACACCAAUGAAAUUCAAAGAAAAGUUUACACUUACCAAACGUAACUCAAAUUUACAAUAUGUUUUAAAAUAUUUGUGCUGUCAUGACGAAUUUGAUUUUAAAAAAAAAUGAGUAUGUCAUGCCCCUUCAUCACAUUGCUUUAUCAGGAGCUGAAAGAUAUUUAGGUGUCAUUUAUGCUCCCAAAAUCUUCAUAUUUUAAACAAAUUAAAAAUAAAAACUUGACAAAAACAAUUCAUAUUUGUGCUAGUUACUUCUCAACACAAACAUUUUAGAUCACAUUUUUUGUUCAGUGGUUACAUAUCAUGAUAGAAAAUACAAUAUAAAUCAUAGAUUUGACAUUUAUGUAUUUCUAUGAAACAAUGUUUGAAAAUAUAUUAACAAACAACAGAAUACAUUUGGCAUGAAUAUUAACUUCUUUCUUCAAAGAAAUUUCCACCCGAAAUAUACCUUGAUUCCAACGACAUCCCAAUCAUGUGAAAGAGCUUAAUAUGCUCUUUCAUUUGAUACCAAAUUUGUCAUGGUAGUAUUUAUAUUUCUGAAGAUAUAGUAAAUUUACAAUGUUUGGCAAGCGAACAAAUUUCACUGAAUUCCAUGGCCCGUAUUCUGAAGUCGGGUUUAACUUAAACUCAGGUUUAAAGUUGUGGUCUAAGUAUGGGAAGCCAAAAGUAUCAACAUUUUUAUUAAGUUGUAUGUUUCAUAUGUUUACUGUGCUCUUUCCUGAUUCUUCGAUGGUGAAGACAAUCAUCUAUUUAUACUUCCUACACAAUUAUGAAUGAUUUGAGAGCCGAAUGAGUUGAAAGUAUGAUAUCUGUACUGUUAGUGAUUAUGUAACAAUUGGCUGUCCAUACUUAAACCACAACUUUAAACCUGAGUUUAAGUUAAACCCGACUUCAGAAUACGGGCCUAAGGGUGUAUGUAAACUUUUGGCCUCAACUGUAUGUAUUGUAACUGCUUUCAUUUAUCUUUAACUUGCGUGGUUCAAUAAGGAGUAAGAUAAAGAGAGGUGUUUGCAGGAGUUCGACCCAUCCAAGAUAUCUGUAGGAGUGAUUGAUAUCCAGGGGCGGUAUUCUGAAUAUUGUCUUUUCUCCACAUUUUGUCUUUUCCCCAGAGAUAUCAUGACAGAAUGGGUAUACUGGUAGAUGUCAUAACUUUUGUCAUAAAAAUUGUCAUAAAUUCUGACCCUUCUCUUUAGCACCAAUCAGAAAUAUGCGGUUCUUAAACGAUACAUGUAUGACAAACUUUAUGACAAGGUCGAGCAGUCAUAAAUUUUGUCAUAUCUUUUAGUACCAGAUAUCCAUAUACCCUGCUGACUCAAUAUCAAGCAUACAAUUAUAUUUGAUUAGAUUGUGGUAUUAGUUUCACUCAUCAUCCAUGACUAUUUUCAAAAUAUUUGUUCAUGCUAAAAUUAGGUAGGCCCUACAUUUUAAUUCCUCCUUUUUUCCUCUGUUUUCCCUUUUUUUCUAUCUCUCUUCUAAAAAUCCUUCACAGCUCCCUGUCUCUCUUUGUAAUUAAGCACAUCAAUAUAUGCGCUUAUUAUGCGCUUAAUUGAGGAUACGCCCACGUGCCACCGGGCCUCCUAUUGGUUAGAAGGGCUCCCACUGGAAACUAACGGUGAAUUUUAUUGGUUUGCCUCCGAAAAGAUGGGCAGGAACUUAGAGAGAUAUGACAGGGAAAUGACAAUGUUCAGAGUACCGAUUUGUGACAAUCAAAGCAGUGUCACAUCUGGAAGAGAAAUUAUAAAAUUUAUGACAAAAGUUAUGACAGUGUUCCAUACCACCCCUGGCAAUCAUAUAUUCUUAUGCAUCAUGAGGAACUAGUGAUUUGAACAGUCCCAUAUUCACUUGUCAAUUUGUAUCAUAAAUGUAAAUAUAUGCCAAUUGAAAGCAA